AUGGAGGAGCAGCAGCGGCGGGCGCUGCGGCGCGGACGGGCCCGGCUGGUGGCGGCGCUGCGGGUGGAGCCGCUCUGGGACCCGCUGGAGCAGCGCGGGAUCUUCACCCGGCUCAUGCUGGAGAAGCUGCAGAGCGCUGGCAGCCGAGAAGAGCAAGCCCGGCAGCUGAUCAUUGACCUGGAGACUCGAGGGAAGCAAGCUUUCCCUGCCUUCCUCUCCAUCCUGCGGGACACCGGGCAGGGCGACCUCGCCGAGAUGCUGAUCCGGGAGUGCGAAUCCCUGCCGGUGCCACCGCAGCUGCCGGACCUGCGGCCCGUGGAGCUGGAGCUGCGGGAAGAAAAACAUCCUAAAGAUGUGACCCCUCAUGAACGUUUGUCUAUCCCAGUCCAAGAAAGACCUCAAAUACCUGCUGUGCUGGCCCAGGGUUCAGCUGUUGACAAGAGGAGCCGUGACCAGGGCUAUAAGAUGAAAGCGGAUCCCUGCGGACGCUGCCUGAUCCUCAAUAAUGUCAAUUUCUCCAGAGACUCGGGUCUGUCCACCCGAGAGGGCUCUGACAUCGACUCUGAGAAGCUGGAGAGGCGCUUCAAGGCCUUGCAUUUCACUGUCCUGACCCGGCGGAAUCUGAAAGCUCAGGAAAUGGUGUUGGAGCUGCUGAGCCUGUCACGGCAGGACCACAGUGCUUUGGACUGCUGUGUUGUGGCCAUCCUUUCCCAUGGCUGUCAGACGAGCCAUAUUCAGUUUCCCGGAGGCGUUUACGGAACGGAUGGAAAACCCAUUCCCAUAGAAAAGAUUGUGAACUAUUUCAAUGGGUCCAAUUGCCCGAGUUUGAGAGGAAAACCCAAACUGUUCUUCAUCCAGGCCUGUGGUGGAGAACAAAGAGAUCAAGGCUUUGUAGUGGAUUGUGAUUCGCCUGAAGAGGAAGCUCCUGGGGGCUCUUUGGAAUCGGACGCGACCCCGUUUCGGCUUCCAUCGGCGCGCGUGGAUGAGCCCGAUGCCGUUGCCAGUUUGCCCACGCCCAGCGACAUCUUGGUUUCCUACUCAACUUUUCCAGGUUUUGUCUCCUGGAGGGAGAAGUUGCGUGGCUCGUGGUACGUGGAAAUGCUGGAUAGUGUGCUGGAGCAAUGCGCCCAUUCGGAAGACCUGCUCAGCAUGUUAGUGAGGGUGGCAGACGCUGUCUCUGCCAAGGGGAGGUACAAGCAGAUCCCGGGAUGUUUCAAUUUCCUCCGUAAAAAGUUCUUCUUCGUGUGUGACUGACACGUGGGCUUCGAGCCCCCUGCCAAGCGCUGGAGAUUCUUCCUGUGGCUGAAGGAAAUCUGUGCCCACCACGACUUGGUGUCGGUGCUCCCGGUGGGUUUUGUCUGCGUGCCCAGAUGUUUGUCUGGAGAAAUGUGAUCUGCGAGCACUGGCUUUGCCCGGGAGUGGGGAUGAGAUGGGGAUUGCGCUGUGCCGAGGGGAAAUGUUGUGGAUGGAGCAGGAAUUCCCUUUGCUGGAGAACAGAGCCAGAGGAGAGCACUUCUGGCUCAUCCUGACACAGCUACACUCAGCCUCAGAGCGUUUUCCUUUGCUGAUCAUGGUAUUUGUGUCCUGUGCUGCCUGGGUAACUGAUUGAGGGGACCAGGGUCUGAUGUUCAAGUGAAAUGGGAUGAGUUUUGCAGUCAGUGUUUCUAAUAAAUGCAAUUGAAGAGCAAAUCUUUAGCUGUGUUCCCUUGUCCGUUCCAUCUCCUCCUCCGCUGCCAUUUCAGCACCUCCUGAAGGCUCCUCUGAAGUGGGAAGAGUAGGAACCUUCACUCAGGUCUGCCCUGGUCAUUUACCAUGUGGCUGUGCCAGCC